AUGGUGGACAAUCCGGUGAACACGCUGAGUUCAAGCGAGCAGCUGAUCCUGGAACUCGUCAACAAGGAGAGGCAGGCAGCCGGACUGGAACCGGUCGCUUCAGCAUCUCAGCUCAACGCAGCGGCUCAAAAACACUCCGAAUGGAUGGCGGACGGUCGACGGCUUGAUCACACAGGAUCGGGAGGCUCAAGCCCGUGGGACAGGAUGAAGGCGGAAGGCUGGACCGAGUAUCCAAUGGGCGAGAAUAUUGCCUACAAUCCUUUCAACCAGAGCCGGCCGGCGCCGAGUGAAUAUGUCCCCCAAAAGAUCAUCGAGGACAUGCAUACGGGUUGGAUGAAUUCAUCCGGUCACAGAGCCAAUAUACUGAAUGCAGGUUAUACGAUGCUGGGUGUCGGUGAUGCCAUCGGUGGGCAUCCCAGUUCUCCUGAUCAUUCGACGAGUUAUGCCACGCAGAAUUUUGCCGGGACGACGAAAAACUAUGUGACCGGUGUUGUCUUUGACGACGCGGACGGUGACAAGUUCUACGAUAUGGGUGAGGCGCUGGGGGCGGCGAAGGUAACCAUCGUCAACUCGUCCGGAUCGACCGUCGCCACAAAGUCGACCGACCCAGGUGGUGGUUACAGCAUUGCGCUCGCCAACGGCUCCUAUACGGCAAAGUUCACCGGUGCGGGUAUCGACGGAACCAUCGAGAAGAGUUUUUCCAUCUCCGGAAAGAACGUCAAACUCGACGUCAAGGAUGGAUCUGAGGGCGGCGGAACGCCUCCGCCACCGGUCGGUACCGAUGGCGACGACACGAUCCACUAUACCAACGGGGAUGAUUUCUGGACCAGCGGGGUGCCGAAGGAUAUCGGCGGUGCGGGAACAGACACGCUGAUCGUCAACAAGGGCUCGGUGUUCAACACAUCCGGUCUUUCCCUGUACGGCUUUGAGCGAUUUCAGGGAGCGGAGAAGAAUGACAGGGUGAUCGGCAAUGAUGGCAAUGUCGAUUAUUGGCUCAAUGGCGGGUCAGGAAACGACACGCUCCAGGGCAACGCAGGUGACGAUACGCUGAUCGGAGGCAGCGGCAAUGACCGCCUUUACGGCAAAGCCGGCAAUGACACGAUCAAGGGCGGUGUCGGGCGUGACGUAGUUUUCGGUGGAGCUGGAAACGACACGAUCCAUUACGGCAGUGGAGACGUUUACUGGGACAGCGGAGUUCCGCGCAAUGUCGGUGGGGCCGGAAUUGAUACACUCGUUGUGGAGGCAGGAUCCAGGUUCAACACCUCGGCCCUGUCAAAAUACGGGUUUGAAAGGUUCCAGGGAGCGGAAAAGGACGACCGGGUCACCGGUGACGAUGCGAAGGUUGCCUAUGUCCUGAAUGGCGGCGGUGGCAAUGACUUGCUGAAGGGGGGCGCCGGAAACGAUACGCUGCUCGGUGGCACGGGCAACGACAGGCUCGAGCCCGGUGCGUCCGCAGGCGGGCUGCAGAAACUCUUCGGUCAGUCCGGUAACGACACGUAUGUCGUCACCUCGAAAGGAGGCCGGAUCGACAUCGUCGAACUGGCUGGCAACGGCAAUGACAAGCUGAUUUUCAAAGAUCUCAAGAGGUCUGAUGUCGAUGUCUCGCUGGAUGCGGACAACAGAAUGGUUCUUUCAUGGGAUGACGGUGCGGGCCAGGUGACGGUCAAUGAUGCAGGCGAGUAUCUGGAUCAAUUUGUGUUCCAGUUCGGCGCGGUCUAUCAACCCGAUGAUUUUGCCUUGCUGUGA